AUGAUGCACCACGGCUCGGCGGGGCCGGGUCAUCGCAAAACGACGACUGUAACGCCGGCGAGCUCGCUUCGCGGCAACGGCUACACGAGCGCCGGCGUCGCGGCGACAAGCCGCGCGCCUCUCUCGCGUCACCACGAAAUGGACUUUGGCAAAAUGUUCAUGGCGAUGGAGCGCGGUCACAAGGUGUGCAAACUCGCCGUCCUCAAGAAAUGGGAUCCGGCUUACAAGUUGCUCACACUCGACAAAGAAUCCCGCCAAAUAUUUUUGUUCAAGUUGGAGCCGACCGCCGUGCGGUGUAAGCCGCAAGUGCUCGAUAUUCGCCAGAUUCGAGAGGUUCAAACGCUCGAUUAUAAGCUGAACACAAUCAAAAUUGAUGACAAAUGGAGAAAAGAUCGCGAAAUAAUGGCGUUCGAUCCAUACAAAAUCCUCAUCAUUUCCUAUGGAAUGUCAUUCGCCUUGUCCUAUUGGGUCCUACUCUAUGAGACCGCGGAGGCGUGCAAGCUGUGGUCGGUCGGUCUUCACAAUCUGAUGAUGGAAACCAGAGAUCGGGAUUCCUCACCUCAUCCAUUGCGGAUUGAAAGGUUCAUUCAUAAGCAUUAUUUGGCUUUGAUGUCGCCAGGAACCGAAGCAGUUGCCCGAAAGCAUAUGAAGCCAUUCGUGCAGACCUCCCUACAGUUCAAUGUACAAUCCAAAGAGCUUCAAGAGAUCACCGAAGAUCUGAUGACAUUCGAGCAAUUCAGCAAUGCGAGUCGAAUGUUGAUUCAUGUUCCCGAGCUAUUCAAUUCGAGAUUCGCCGAUUUGGCCGAGUAUUGCGAAAAGCGCGGCACACAAAUCGUCACGUUUCAAAAUUUUCUCCGCUUCCUCGACAACAAACAAUUCGACGAGCUCGCGUCGAAUCGAACACGCGCGUUCGAAUUCCUCAAUCGCUACCUUCAUCAAGAUCAUUGCUCGCAGGCGGAUCGCAGUGAGCCGCUUCUCACGGUGCCCGAGUUUUGCGAUUUCUUGUUCUCCAGAGAGAAUUCGUUGUGGGACCCGACGAACGAGAAGGUGACGCACGAUAUGACGCGACCAUUAUCGCAUUAUUGGAUCGCUAGUAGCCAUAACACAUAUCUAACCGGCGACCAACUACGCUCUGAAUCGUCACUCGAUUGUUACGCACAAGCACUUCUUAUGGGUUGUAGAUGUAUCGAAUUAGAUUGCUGGGAUGGCCAGAAAAAGGCGGGACAAAACGAGUUUUACGACAUUAUCAUAUAUCACGGGUACACAAUGACAUCGAAAAUUUUCCUUCGAGACGUUCUCCACACAAUUCGACAUUACGCGUUUGUUACCAGCGAAUAUCCGGUCAUCCUGUCGAUUGAGGAUAAUUGCUCGGUUCCAGCGCAACGACUAUUGGCUCAGGAGCUCAAGGAGAUCCUCGGCGAUUAUUUAUUAACACAGCCGGUGAAUCGCGACGAGACGUGCCUUCCCUCGCCAGCGGCGCUCAAAAAGAAAAUUAUUGUGAAACACAAAAAAUUGCCGGUUGAAAGUGAGGAUCUCGCGGUGAUUGUGAAGCCUGACGAAUUCCAAGACACGGAUAUAAUUUCACGAGAAUGUGUCAAAAAAGGGAUUUUGUCGUUAAAAAACAGCACAAGUCAUGAGUGGACAUCGCACGUGUUCAUAUUGUUCGCCGAUCGUCUUUGUUAUCUGCUAGACACCACUGACGAAGAUAGUCUCAAGGAGGACACCAUCAGCAUGAGUGGAGACGAUGAUCGUGAGGAGGAAUCGCCGACGGGAUUCGGAGUGAAACCCGAAGAGAUGCACGUCACCGAGGAAUGGUUUCAUGGGCAUUGCGAGCGCGUUUCACUCGAUUCCUCGAAAUGCCCCACGUUUUCAAUUCAGGAGGCGAAAAAGAGGAUUUUGGAUCACAAAGAAAAGGGCAAUGGAUUGUUUAUGAUUCGCGACUCCAAUCUUUUCAUCGGCGAUUUUUCACUAUCAAUUUUGCAUGAGGGCAAAGUCCAUCAUGUUCGAAUCCGAUCCAAAAUGGUUGACAAGGAGAAGAAAUACUAUUUCAUGGAGAACAAGAUGUGCGACACACUCUAUGAGCUUGUUUCCUAUUAUACUAGGCAUUAUCUGACGACUGCCUCCUUCAAAAUGGUGCUCACAACACCCUGCCCCCAACCUCAACCCCAUCUGAAUCAGCCUUGGUUCUCGCCGACUGCCGACAAGGAGAAAGCUGAAGAGUUGUUGAGUUUGGCGCCGGAGGAUGGAGCAUUCCUUGUGCGCACCUCAUCAACUGACAAAACCGUUUUUGUGCUCUCCUUGAAGGUUGACGGCGAAUUUUGGCACUAUCGACUGAAACGCGAUGGGCGUAUUUUCGUGGUCAAUCAGAAGGUUUUCGAGAAUCUUAACCAAAUUAUUGAGUACUAUACGAAUCGUGAAUUUGUUCGCGGGAUAAGUUUAAGAUUUCCGGUGAAUGAGAAGGACAUAAGCCAUUUGACCGCUGAGAUGGCAGAAGCUCGAACUCCGGGAUGCUAUAUGGAGCUCAAGGAUUUGGACAAAGAAGUCCAAGCGCGAUCAUUGCGGCCUUACCGUGGGACCGCUGACGACGAGCUCUCGUUUCCAGCGAAUGCGACUAUAACGGUGCUGAGGAAGGAGGAAGGAUUAUGGCGCGGCCGGUAUGGAUCAGCAGUUGGAUGGUUCCCGUCGGCUCAUGUGCAGGAAAUUUUGCCGGAAAAAAUGACAAAUGAAAGUAGCAAUUAUAAUACGAUUGAACUUGCCGGGACCCUUAUUGAAAGGAUUCACGAUGGCGAUCGGCCGAAUAUGAUCAAAAUCUCGCAAAGUGCUCAACCAUGGCUCAACAAGCAACAUUAUCUACUUUCGGCGUCUUCUCCUGAGGAAGCCGACGAAUGGCAAAACAAUCUUCUGGAUCUGACUAGAAAUGUCAAUAAGCAGAUGAGCAUUUUGCGAACGAAAGAGAAGGAGAAGCGAAUUGCCGCUGAGUUGUCGAACCUCGUCGUUUAUUGUCAAGCGGUGCCAUUUGAGCCGGCCCAUAUUUACAACAACUCAUUUUAUGAGAUGUGCUCAUUUGUUGAAGGAAAACUUGAAAAAUUGAUUGAAAAAGGUUUGAUACCAUUCAACACUCGAAAAUUGUCGCGGGUCUACCCAAAUGGAAGUCGAAUCACCUCAGCAAAUUACAAUCCAAUGCCGAUGUGGAAUGCUGGAUGUCAUAUGGUUGCUUUGAAUUAUCAAACCGGCGAUAAGCCAAUGCAGCUCAAUCAGGGCAAAUUCAUGGCAAAUGGACGAUGCGGUUAUGUUUUAAAGCCUGACUACAUGAUGGCUGAUGAUUUUGACCCAAAUAGUUCUGAGAAGUUUUCAACCGCUUAUCCGAUUCGUUUAAAUGUUCAAGUCAUUGCUGGAAGGCAUCUCUCAAGGAAGGACAAAAACAAGGGAAUUUGUUCGCCGUUCGUCGAAAUUGAAGUCUGCGGAAUGCCGUGUGACUCAAAAACGUAUCGAACAAAAACAAUUGCAUCAAAUGGACUGAAUCCAAUCUGGAAUCAAACGUUCACUUUCGAAAUAAUGUGCCCAGAAGUGGCUCUUCUUCGGUUCUACGUGGAAGAUGGCGAUUUUGUUGGUCCCAAAACGGAUCCUUUCAUUGGCCAAGCAGUGUUCCCUGUGGACUCAAUCCGGUGCGGUUUUCGAUCUGUUCCACUCAAAAACCAGUGCAGUGAGGAGUUGGAGCUGUCCGCGUUGCUUGUAGAUGUUCAAAUGUGCUCGAGAGAUGGAUCAAAACUAAUCCGCUCAUCAUGCAAUGUCCUACAGGACUCCCGUUUGGCGCAAGUAUUUGUAAAUCGCAAAGCCACCAAUGGCGAUAGUAUUCCCCGUGAAAUGGCACCCAGAUUGCGUGGUGCCGAACGAUCAAUCGAAUCCCCAACACAUUCCGAAUCAAGAUUGCCGCUACUCGAAGAAAGGCAAUUAGAUAGCCAAGAUUCGACAGAAAGUGCUGACAAAGCUUCAAUUGCUUCAAGCACCGUCGGCAAAAAGAAGCCGAAAUGGCUGUCGAAGCUUUCAUUCCAACUUCUACUUCUCAACAAGCCGACGGAAAAAAUGCUCCAAUUCAUAAUUCUCGGCUAUUUGGUUUUCGAGAUUUUGCGUCUCUCUCAGCUCCCGGACGUCAAUAAUGUGAAAUUUGUGCCACCAACGACAGAAGCACCAAAAAAGACAACAAAAGCCGAAUGA